AUGCCCUGGAUCCUGCUCACACUGCUGCUAUUCGGGGACGCUGUGGAAAUGUUCGCCCUAAACCACAGCAAGAAACAAGUGGGGGUUGGGCUGAAGGAGAAUUGCACCGGCUGUUUGAUCUGCUCAGAAGAGAACGGCUGUUCCACCUGCCAGCCACGACUUUUCCUCCAUAUUCGCAGAGAUGGCAUCCGCCAGUACGGGAAGUGUGUACAUGACUGUCCCCACGGCUACUUUGGUGUGCGUGGCCACGAGGUCAACAGGUGCAAAAAAUGUGGGUCCACCUGUGAGAGCUGUUUCAGCCAAGACUUCUGCAUUCGGUGCAAAAGGAGGUUUUUUUUGCACAAGGGGAAGUGCGCUCCCACCUGCCCACCAGGCACCAUUGCCCACCAGAGCACAUGGGAAUGCCAAGAGGAAUGUGAAUUUGGACCCUGGAGUAUCUGGAGUCCCUGCAGCCAGGAUGGGAAAACCUGCGGGUCAGCCUGGGGCCUGGAGACCCGAGUGCGUGAGGUCAGCCGAGGCAGUCGAGAGGAAGGGGCGGCAGCCUGCCAAGCCCUAUCUGAGACAAGAAAUUGUCCCAUCAGGAGGCACUGCCCUGGAGGUGAGGACCUGAGUGGGCCCAUGACAAGACAUGCUGCUGGGGGCUGA